CGUCCUCCCCUCCAUUCGAGGCAUUUAUAGUGGGACUCUUCCCAGCUACAAUGUCGCAUCAGCCUCUCAAGCCUGAGCAGCCAGGGGUCCACACAACGUCAGGAUUAUGGCACCAACAAAGAAGGGAAUCUUGGAGCGUCUUGACGCUGGUGAGGUUGUGAUCGGAGAUGGUGGCUUCGUGUUUGCCCUUGAGAAGAGGGGCUACGUGAAGGCCGGACCCUGGACCCCUGAGGCGGCUGCAGAGUACCCUGAAGCAGUGCGCCAGCUGCACAGGGAGUUCCUGAGAGCCGGGGCCAACGUGAUGCAGACCUUCACCUUCUACGCCAGCGAUGACAAGCUGGAGAACAGGGGCAACAAGCUCACCUUCACAGGUGCUCAGAUCAACGAAGCUGCCUGCGAUCUGGCACGCGAGGUGGCCAACGAGGGCGACGCUCUGGUCGCCGGAGGAGUCUCCCAGACUCCGUCCUACCUGAGCUGCAAGAGCGAAGCCGAGGUGAAGACCAUCUUCAAGAAGCAACUGGAGGUGUUCGUGAAGAAGAAUGUGGACUUCCUGAUUGCUGAGUACUUUGAGCACGUUGAGGAGGCUGUGUGGGCUGUGGAGGUUCUGAAGCAGACCGGCAAGCCUGUGGCUGCUUCUCUGUGCAUCGGACCAGAGGGUGACAUGCACGGCGUCUCCCCCGGAGAGUGCGCUGUCCGUCUGGUCAAAGCCGGCGCCCAGAUUGUUGGAGUCAACUGCCACUUUGACCCUAUGACCUGCGUGAAGGCUGUGAAGAUGAUGAAGGAGGGUGUGGAGAAGGCCGGUCUGAAGGCUCACUACAUGGUCCAGCCCCUGGCUUUCCACACUCCCGACUGCAACUGCCAGGGAUUCAUCGACCUGCCAGAAUUCCCCUUUGGUCUGGAGCCCAGGAUCCUGACCCGCUGGGACAUGCACAAGUACGCCAGAGAGGCCUACAACGCCGGCAUCCACUUCAUCGGAGGCUGCUGCGGUUAUGAGCCCUAUCAUAUCCGAGCUGUGGCUGAAGAACUGGCCGUGGAGAGAGGAGUCCUGCCCGCUGCUUCAGAGAAACACGGCAGCUGGGGAGCUGGUCUGGAGAUGCACACCAAACCCUGGGUCAGAGCCAGGGCUCGCCGUGACUACUGGGAGAACCUGAAACCCGCCUCUGGUCGCCCUGAGUGCCCCUCCAUGUCCAUGCCCGACAGCUGGGGUGUGACAAGGGGACACGCUGACCUCAUGCAGCAGACAGAGGCCACAUCCAAGGAGCAGCUCAAGAAGCUGUUCGACCGCACGAAGGCCCACUAAGCUCUCAUCCACUGUCACCUCAACCACAGACUGCUGCAGCUCUCAGGCCUUGUGAAAAAGCGAUUGUAAUCUAACAUAAAAGGCCACCUAUGUGUCAUUGGACCCUUUUGUUUUCAAUGGAAUGGUAGCAUAAACUCUAAUAAAAGUGAUAUGUUUACUA